UGUGUUAAAAUGUCAAGAAAUAAUCCUCGAAAGCAUUACUCUGAAGAGGAGUAUAUUACCCUCAAAAGAAAAAUUGGAAAAACCUUACAAUUAAUUAGAAACCUUCCAGAGAAGCUCAUAGAUGAAGAACUCUUCAUUGCUGGCUUCAUCUGAGGCAGAGAUCAUAUCUCUCUGGCAGGAAGAGUGUUCUCUUUAAUGUUGAAGAACUUUGGAGUUGAUGAGAGAAAGAUCAUUCAAGAGAACCUAAUAAUUAAGAAACAAAUUUCUCUCCUCCAGUGAAAAUUUGAUAUCUAUCAGAAUAAGAUGAUUGAGCUAGACCGUGAUAUUUUUGAGAGAUAUCAAAAUAAGUCACCACCUCAGACUAAGAUUGAGAGGGAUUCGCAUAAAGACAUUGGCAGAAGGGAAGCAGUAUAUCAGCAGUCUGCUUAUCACUGUGAUAAAUAUCAGUCUAAUUCACAACAGAAAUGGAGCAAUGAGUCCAGCUUAAAAGCUAAUGAGCAGAAAACAAACACAAGAUCUUCAACUAGCAUUAGCGCAGGAGGCAUUGAACAGAGAAAUAUUAAACAAGAGCCCAUUGAAAUAAUUGAUUCUUCUUAUUCUGACUCAGAAUGGCCAAAGCGUGAAAAGGAAAUUUUAAAGAAUAUCACUGACAGAAAAAUGCAUAAAGAAUCCAAUCAACAAUACUGAAACAUAGCCAUGAGUAAAUUAUCUGGCUAUGAUCCUCAAAGAGUUCUAAAGAAUGAAUCUAGCUUUACUGAAGGUUGGAGGCCUAGGAGAAUACAGAAGCCAGCCAUUCAGGAACAAAACAGAGGAAGCAUACAAAGACAAGAAAUGGAUCAUCUUGAGUUUCCUAAUCAAGAAAUGAUUCAAGAAGAUGUCAAAAAUAAAGCUGGAGAUUAUGAACAGAAAUUUAACGACUACUCUCAUGAAGGAACUUUUAAAAAUUACGUUGAGAAGAUCACCGGUGAAGUUGUAAAGAAUGUUUUGAAAGAUAAGCACAGCUUAAAACAGAUUUUCAGUAGUAUUUAGUGAUCAAUCUGAUACUAGUUGUGGGCAAAAUGAUAUUGAAAGCAAGGUAUGCAAGGUUUGUUUCGGGAGAUCAGAUAGAACAGAGAUGGUAAAGAUGCUUCAUUGUAAGCAUUACAUUCAUAAGAAAUGUUUGAAAAAAGAUACCUUCAUUCAGCAAGACAGUGGUAAUCCUAUUGUUCACUGACCUGCCCUUCAAUGUCAACUAAUGAACCCAGCUACCAAAGAAAUCAAACAAACUCUAACCCUUCCUACCUCCAAAGUUCCAACCCAACACUCCCAAGACCCUACUCCCCACGAAACCCCCACCCAACACUACCCCAACAAAAGAGAACGAAAAAGAAGAAAACACCUUGAUGAUUCCUCCAGCACCCGCUCAAUUCCCCCUCUCUACAGCCCUAGCAAGCCUUCGCACAAAGACUGCGUAAACUUCUCUGUAGAAGACUUUGGUGGAAGCAUGUCUUUCUCAAGAACAAGUUGAGAUAAUGGUGUUAAGGAAGAGUAAUAAAUUGUAGGAACAAAUAUUCAGUG